AUGCAGCUCGAGGUACAGCAGCACGAGGUACAGCACCACGAGGUACAGCAGCACGAGGUACAGCACCACGAGGUACAGCACCACGAGGUACAGGACCACGAGGUACAGCACCACGAGGUACAGCAGCACGAGGUACAGCAGCACGAGGUACAGCACCACGAGGUACAGCACCACGAGGUACAGCAGCACGAGGUACAGCACCACGAGGUACAGCACCACGAGGUACAGCACCACGAGGUACAGCACCACGAGGUACAGCACCACGAGGUACAGCACCACGAGGUACAGCACCACGAGGUACAGGACCACGAGGUACAGCACCACGAGGCACAGGACCACGAGGUACAGCACCACGAGGCACAGGACCACGAGGCACAGGACCACGAGGUACAGGACCACGAGGUACAGGACCACGAGGUACAGGACCACGAGGUACAGGACCACGAGGUACAGGACCACGAGGUACAGGACCACGAGGUACAGGACCACGAGGUACAGGACCACGAGGUACAGACCACGAGGUACAGGACCACGAGGUACAGCACCACGAAGUACAGCACCUCGAGGUACAGCAGCACCUAG